UCAGACCCGCCCUCGCUCUGAGCUCAGAUUUAAGGCUCAGCUUUGGGUCCCAAUCCUCAGUUUCUGCGCCAGUGUCCAACCAGCGUCAAACCAGCAUCUCAGUGCCACAGGACAGCACCAGCCUCCAGAAUCAUGAGCUGCAACUUCAUCAGCACCAACCAGGAGCUGCGCACUGGAGAGUACAUCAAGAGUGUCAACAAUGAGUACUACGCCAUACUGCAGAAUGACAGUAAUCUGGUGGUGUACAGGCGUGGUCAUGGGGCAGUGUGGGCCACAGGGACAGUGGACUCCUCUGCAGUACGCCUGGUGCUGCAGUCUGAUGGGAACCUGGUCAUGUUUGACUCGGACAAGAGAGUGGCUUGGCAAAGCGGCACUACUGCGGAGCCCCCCUCCUCCAGGAUGAGACUGACCAUCACCAACCAGGGCUCUCUGCUCCUGGACAAUGACGGAGACGCCAUCUGGAGCUCCGCCUGCUCGGCCAAAGACAAGACAAAGUAAAGUUUGCUCUGAUGACAUGGGCCUUGUCUGAAGUGUUUAAAUAACACAAUAAACACUUUUUA